UGUUACCUGAUUUUAAGUGCAAGUUUUUAUCAUAUAUUUACAUUCAACAUUUCCAAGAUUCUAGAUAUGUAUGUCUCGGCAUGUGGAAAACAAGUAUGUGAUCAAAGUAAAAUAGGUCAUGGAUAUCAACUACCUUAUAAUACUUCAGUCAAUUUUGGGGUAUGUCCUCAUUGUGAAUGUGAUUUAGACUGUGUAGCAAGAGGCGAUUGUUGUCCAGAUUUAUUUUUCUCUCUACAUCUUUCAUGUAUUGAAACAAUGCUCCUACAUCAAAACAACAUUUAUAAACAAGAUACCCCAUUAGUUCUUAUGGUAGGCAAGUGCAAUGGUAAGACAAAAGACAGGACAAGACAAUGCGAGUCAAAAUUAACACCUGCAGAACACUUGAAAAAUGGACCUGUAACAUCAAGAAAAACUGGAUUGACAUAUAGAAAUAAACACUGUUCUAAAUGUUUUAAUGAAAGUAUUCAGGACUUAAUUCCUUGGAGUUUGGAAAUAGACUGCUUGAAUUUUGCCGAUUUCAACUUUGUUUCAUCAUAUUCAGAAAUAAUAAGUCUUGCAACGGAGCAAAAGUGUAAUAUUUUCUAUGUUGUCAGUGAUACAGUAAGACAACCAAGAAAUUGUUCUACUGUUAUAGGAGCUAAAGGUUUUGUGAACAAAUGUAAUGUAACGGGAACAUGGCAAAAUAAUGAUUCAAGUUUAGAGUACGCUUGUCAUAAUUACGAUAACAGGUAUAAUUUUUUCAGGAAUAUAUUUUGUUUUAUGUGCAAUCCACCAGAACCAACACCGUUGAUAUCUGACUGUAAUGUUACAGGAUACUGGGAUACCUAUCGUGUUGAUUUACUUGAGGCAUGUCUUCAAACAUCUCAGAGUGGUAUAACAGCACCAUUCAAAAACUAUUACUGUUAUCUCUGCAACCGCAAUAAUACUAUUGAAAGUUCUAAAUAUAUGGAUGCAAAAAUAAGAAUAAGCGAGUGGAUCAAUAAAGAACGUCAUUUCAAAUUCGAUUUCCAUAUCGAGGCUCUGGAUAUUAAAUUGAUCAAAGACAAAACAAUCAACGAUAUUAAGGUCCAAGAUGAGUUCGAAAAGGAAAAAAGUAGAAAAUUUACAAUACAUAUCAAAACACAAGAAAAAUCUGAAAAAGGUAUGAAAAUGCGUAACACGCUAAAUUUAACAAAUAUACACAGAAAGUAUCAUGCUAUGAUGGGAACUGGUAAUUUAUGUCAAAAACAAUCAAUGCGAAAAAGUAUGAGUGCUUGCGAUUGUGACAAUAAUUGUUAUUUUAAGUCAACACCUUGUUGUAUUGACAAAAUGUUUGAACUGUCAACGGCAUGUACUGAUAAAAGGUUGUCACUAACAGGAGACAGAUUUCUUGUAUAUAACCAAUGCAAAAAUACUUCUAACAAUGAAAUUAGCAGAUUAUGUCAGAGCAGUCUUGAUAGAAGUUUAUAUUCAAGUUUGCCGAUUGAAGUAAGCGUGGGAAAUGUUUCAGUGCACUACAAGAACGUAUUCUGUAUGCUAUGUAAUGAAGAUAUUUCACCUUAUGACCUUCGAAAAUCAAUUAUUUAUUGGAGUAUAUCAGUUACUUGUGAUAGAUAUAUUUCUCCAACCUACCAUGUGUCGUUUCAAGAAUACAUAACACAUGCUAUUCACAACAAUUGUAGCUACAGCAUGAAACCUCAAAAACAGGGAACGAAAUGUUCAUCAUAUUCAAGUUACGACAAAUGUAAUAUUACUGGCAAUUGGAUAAAUAAUGACCCAGACAUCAAAUCUGCGUGUACUGUUUUAAAUUUGCCUCGUAUAUGGUUCAAUGGGGAAAAUCCGUUCUGCAGAAUGUGCAAUCCUUCAAAUCGAAACAAAGUGAUACACACAACCUGUAACGAAACAAAGUUGCGAAAUUUGUAUACACCAAAUGACAGAGAAAAAUGUCAUGAACUACCGUCAAUACAGGCUCUUGCCCCUUAUAAAAAUCAUUUUUGCCAUGUCUGCAUCACAGGAACUGGUCCAACAUUUAAAUGGCUACAACGUGCACCAAUUUCACCAAGUACGGGUGCUAGAGUCGAAGGAGGGCCAAUUGGACCGAUAUCAUUUCGGGAAAUAUUUGCUCUUAGAGUAUUUGAUGACUUACAAGACAACAAAAUGGAGAAAAGAUGUAACAAAACUCAGAUAUUUGAUAAACUUAAGAAUGAGUGCCGCGAUAUCCAUUGCUACCCUGGCAGAAUUCUGACGAACAAUGGCUGUGUUCUUUUACUACCGUUUACAAGUAAUCUUGGGUAUAUAUUGUCAUUAACAUUGAGAGGUAAAGCUACGAGAACGAUUAACAAAACAACUCAGUUUUUAGAUACGUUUGAGGAUUCGUUUUUUGAUUUUUUGCAAACAUAUUUAAACGUAAAAGGUUUGCUCCUUGUAUCAUCUGCUUUGCACGUAAAUCUCAGCUGUACAACAACUUUGAUGGAAGGAACGUUCAUUGAUAUUAUAUUAGACCAAAAGAUAUUUAUUAACGAGUCUGUUGAUAGAUCUUAUAUCGAAAAGCAGUUAAUCAAUCUCACCCACAACACGUUUUCUAUACUAUACAGUAAUGUACUAUUUAAAUUCAUUAUAAAAAAAGAAGGGAAAUUAUACAAUUUUCCAGGAGUAAUAAACAGAAUGGCCUCCGCCGAAACGUGUCGUUACUCAAACGUACGUACUUUUGCGAAUGCACAUUGGUAUACACAUUCCGAGGUCAGUGGAUUAUUAGUGUGUGAACAAGUAGAAAUCGAUGAGAAUGAAUUUCAAGUUGACAAAGAUAAUUAUGAAUUGACACUUAAUAUCAGUGGAUCAGAGCAGCAUUAUGACAAAGAAUAUAUUUUGAUGUCAGGCACAAAAGCUAGACUGUGUCUCAAUGAUUAUAAUGACAUGUCCGGAAGUCAACCAGGUUUCAAAAGUCCAGACAUCCCUGUUUUGGGUAUACUCAUGAAUAGUUGUACACUUUUGUCCUUAGUGUGCCUACUUUUAACUUUCAUUACAUAUUGCUUAUUUAGUACUCUGAGAUCACUUCCAGGAAAAAAUAUUAUGUGUUUAGUUUUUGCCAUGUUUUUCGCUCAUUUGUUGUUCCAGUUUGGGUUAUACGCAACUCAGUCGAACUCGUUAUGCAUAUUGAUUGGUAUUUUUAUGCAUAUGUUUUGGUUAGCAGAAUUCGGUUGCUUGAGUGUUUGCUCGUUCCAUAUGUUUCGUGUUUUUCGAAGUAAGAUAUUACUAUUUUCAUCCGGGCAGUCGGGACACAAUAAAGUCUUAAUUUCAUAUGUUUUAUAUUCAUAUGGACUUCCAGUUUUAAUUGUGUCAAUCAAUAUGAUAACGACUUUUGUACAUGAUGAUUCUUUCGGAUAUGGAGGACACGUGUGUUUUUUAAAUCGACCGACAGCCGUUAUCGUUUCAUUUAUAAUACCAAUAACGCUUGUAUGUUUGACAAAUAUAUAUUUCUUUCUUGUGACGUCAGUAAAAAUAAUCUCAACACCGAAAGUAAAGAAAGAAGAACAGAACUCAAUGUUAAAUCGUGUUCAUUUUUCUAUUUACAUAAAAUUAUUCACAAUCACGGGCAUAACCUGGAUAUUCCAAAUAUUUGAUGCCCUGUUUCCAGUGUCCGCUAUUUCUUCCAUAGUCUCAAUGCUUAACUCUCUGCAAGGGGUUUUUAUUUUCAUUUCCUUCAUGUGUAACAGAAGAGUCCUUAAGUUGUUCAGAAAAGCAAAACCAUCAUCGUCGUCGUCUUCGACAUCAAAUACGACACGAGGCAACAGAACCAACACAACGACAAUAUCGGUAAUUGACUCAUCGAAAACUGAAGCUGUGAUAUCUGCAAAAUGAAAACAAAACAUUGCUUCAAAUCAGACUAUGGAUAAUGCAGUAGUACUUGUUCAAGUGAAAACUGAAGCUAUGAUAUCCGCAAAAUGAAAACAAAAGAUUACUUCAAAUCAAGACUAUGGAUAAUGCCAAUGUAUAUUUACAUGUGAAAACUGAAGCUGUGAUAUCUGCAAAAUGAAAACAAACGAUUACUUCAAAUCAAGAUUACGAAUAAUGCUGUAGUACAUGUACAUGUGAAAACUAAAGCUAUGAUAUUUGCAAAAUGAAAACAAAAGAUUACUUCAAAUCAAGACUAUGGACAAUGCAAAAGUACAUGUACAUGUAAAGAUUUUUUCAAAGAAGAGAUAUUUGUAAGAUUUGAAAUUGCGUAAAUCUGAUUGGCAAACGAACAAAUCAAUUUAAUUAAUUUAUUAAUUUCAUUUUUCGAUGCAAUGUCCUUCGAGAUACAACUAGCGUGUGUAUCUGACAUUGACUCCUUAAACAGUAUGAAAUUUCAUACAUUUAAAGAAUUUUGUUUUUUAUUUAUAUUUUUGUCAAAGUAUAGGAUGUAAAUAUUCAGCUCUAACUAUAUAUAUGUAUGGGCACUAACAAAUACCUAGCACUAAAAUGUAUUACAAUUGUUAAUGCAGAAUGUAAUUUUUACCGAUUAAUUCUAUUAUCUUCCUGUUUUAAUAAAUAUGUGUUGAAA